CUCAUGAUGCCACGGCGCUCGCUAAUCCGCUCUCCACAGCGCACAUGCUCAGUACCGAUCACUGUGGCAAUCUGUAAUGGCUGCGGGAUGAUGUGAUACGAGUCUCGGUACCGCGCCGCGUCUCUUCGGUAGGAAUGCUAUUCCCUGAGACCGCCAACCACUCCAUUCAUUCCUCCGUCAACAUGGUUGACAUCCGACAGAAGAGUAAAGGUCGGACAUCGUAGGCGCGAGCACUUGCGAGAGUCAUAUUCGUUGCAGUGCUGGUGUGUGAUAGUGCCAGUGAAUUGCGUGUGGUUGGCGGUAGUCAGGAGUGAUGGCUGUGAAGGAGCGGGUGGAGGCGGUGCUGAAUGUGGGCCUGCGGGUCCCUAGUAUCAUGUUGCUAGAGGUGCUGUACCGCUGGGAUGUCAGCUCCUUCUUCCAGAAGAUCCAGAGAAGCAGCCUCAACAACAACCCCCUCUUCCAGUACAAAUACUUGGCCCUCUACCUUCACUAUGUGGGUUACAUUCUGAGUCUGGUUCUACUCACGCUGCCCCGACAGCACCUGGUGCAGCUCUACCUGUAUGUGCUCACUGCUCUGCUGCUGUUCGCAGGUCAUCAGAUCUCAAGGGACUAUGUGCGCAGUGAGCUGGAGUCUGGCUACGAGGGGCCACUAUAUCUGGAGCCUCUGUCCAUCAACCGAUUCACGACUGCGCUCAUCUGCCAGCUGGUGGUGUGCACCUUAUGCUCCUGCGUGAUGCAGACCAAGCGCAUUUGGCUGUUCUCAGCGCACUUGCUUCCUCUGGUGGCCAGGCUGUGCCUGGUCCCUUUGGAGACCAUUGUUUUCGUCAAUAGCUUUGCCAUGAUUUUCACAGGCCUGGAAGUCAUCUACUUCUUGGCCUCCAACCUGCUGGUACCAUUUAACCUGGCCAAGACAGCAUACCGGGAGCUUGCACAGGUGGUGGAGGUUUAUGGGUUGCUGGCUCUUGGGAUGUCUCUGUGGAAUCAGCUGGUUCUGCCUGUGUUGUUCAUGUGUUUCUGGCUGGUUCUGUUUGCUCUGCAAAUCUACACAUAUUUUAGCACACGAGACCAGCCCACAUCAAGAGAGAGGCUGCUCUUCCUUUUUCUCACCAGUAUUGCAGAGUGCUGUUGUACUCCGUACUCUCUGCUGGGCCUGGUCUUCACCGUGUCCUUUGUUGCUUUGGGAGUGCUCACUCUGUGCAAGUUCUACCUGCAGGGCUACAGGGCUUUCAUGAAUGACAACACCAUGCACAGGGGCAUGACGGAGGGAAUCACUCUUUUGAUCCUUGCUGUUCAGACUGGACUGAUCGAGCUAAAGGUCAUCCACAGAGCCUUCCUCCUCAGCAUCAUCCUCUUCAUUGUAGUGGCAUCCAUCCUGCAGUCCAUGCUGGAGAUAGCUGAUCCCAUAGUGCUGGCACUGGGAGCCUCCAGAGACAAGAGCUUAUGGAAGCAUUUCCGUGCGGUUAGCCUGUGCUUGUUCCUGCUGGUGUUCCCGGCCUACAUGUCCUACAUGAUAUGUCAGUUCUUUCACAUGGACUUUUGGCUGCUCAUCAUCAUCUCCUCCAGCAUUCUGACCUCACUACAGGUGCUGGGAACACUGCUGAUCUACAUCCUCUUCAUGGUGGAGGAGAUCCGCAAAGCUCCGGUGGAGAACAUGGAUGAUGUCAUCUACUGGGUGAACGGCACCUACAGGCUGCUGGAGUUCCUGGUUGCGCUGUGCGUGGUCGCGUACGGUGUGUCUGAGACUGUGUUUGGGGAGUGGACCGUGAUGGGCUCUACCAUCGUGCUCAUCCAUUCUUACUAUAACGUGUGGCUGAGGGCCCAGCUGGGCUGGCAGAGUUUCCUGCUCCGCAGAGAUGCUGUCAACAAGAUCAAGAGCUUGCCAACAGCUUCUCACCAACAACUCCAACAGCACAAUGACAUCUGUUCCAUCUGCUACCAGGACAUGACGUCAGCUGUCAUCACCCCCUGCAGUCACCUCUUCCAUGCCAGCUGCUUGAAGAAGUGGUUGUAUGUGCAGGAGACAUGCCCUCUUUGCCACAACCAGCUGAAAGGCUCAUCACAGUCCGCCUCUUCCACACAGGACAGCCCGCCACAAGAGACCCAGGAUCUGGAUCCUCCACAGCAUCUAGAGUCAGAUUCAAGCCUCCAGGUUCCCCAGCAAUACGACCCCACUCACACUCCAGCGUCAGACCUUGCAGCUGAGCUAAAAGAAAACUCCACCUCUCCUGCCUGCUCCUCCUCCCAGUCCUAAACUGCCUCGAGCCAAACCUAACUCACACACUGCUGGCCUAAAGACUCUUGUGUUGCAGCAGAAUGUCUGAUGGGAAACUGUCGGCUUUCUGUGAUGGUUACGCACACUGAAUGUUCAUUAGACAUCUAUACAAUCAAAAAACCCUCUACAGUCCCCCCUCAUCCAAACCAUCACAGAAUCAAGAAGUGAGAAUCAUUUCACCCAUCACACAUCUGGAUCUACCCAAACACCAGCUCUUCCCCGGCCUUUAUUAUGAAACUACAAUCUCCAGCAAACACCAACCUGAAUGUGAUCGUGUGACCCUUGAAUAUAGGGCUGUGAUGCUCUGUUGGCACUAGCAUGCUCUCAGCAUCCUACAGCAGUAGCCCAUCUCUUUUCUGUUCUCUAUUAGUUUUCUUUAGAGAGAGAAAAAAAUAUAUAUAUACACACACACAGUAUAUGCCACUGCAUUUGCACUAAUGUAACGUAAAGCAAUCCUCCAAAGUUUGUCUUGUCUGAUACCAAAUAUUUUGGUGAGUAUGCAUAUUGGAAGUUAUAUAUGAAAUAUAUACCCAUGUACAAAUAUAUAUGUAGAGGAGUUUUGAUAUGAAAAAGUACAGUGUUAAGUAGCACCGAGUGUCAUGAAGUGGCCUCAGGCUCAUAUGAUCGCUAACGCCUCUAGUGGUGAUAGUGGGAAGUGCCUUUGGCUGUGGAUCAGCACUGGUGACGCUUUUAGUCAAAAUUAUUCGCCAGUAUUUGGCAUUUAGCGCAUCUGUGAACAUGAAUACAUUAGAGAAUGUAUGAGCACACUUUGCGAAUGGCGUUUAAGUUCAUGUGUUUAAUAUAGUUCAUUAAAUGAAUGACGUUUGGCUUUAAAUCUGAAAAAAAUGUACUUUUAUGUGGAACAGUUUUUAAAUCUGUUACAGAUAUUUUUUCUUUAAAAAAAAUAAUCUGAAUGAGAAUGGAGAGUAUUCAUAUACAGCAUAAACGUGGAAUGAUGUUAUGUGAGGAUAUACUUUUGUUUGAAUUGCAGCUGAAUUCAGUAAAAUAUGCCUGAAGUCUGAACGAGAACUUGAAUGUCAGAAUAAAUCCAACCCUAAUGUAUGAAA